UCAGCUCCCAUUAACUGAUAAGCCAUUGGUGUCCCUCGAGGCUCCGUUGCUGUGCGGACCGGGCAUGCACACAGCUGCAGGGGACGGUCAGUGGACAGUUGAUGUUAUUUAUUGCUAAUCCGAAAGGCAGUGGUUAUACAAGCAGAGCACCCUUUCUGCAUCUUCCUCAUCCAAGAAUCUAUAAACAUCUCCACCGAGCUUGGGAAUUUCCCAAGAAUCUAUCAAGUACAGGAUUGCGCUAAACAGGAAAAACCUUAUUUCCUGCUUUUGUUUUACCCUUGCCCCUAAAUAGUCCAGCACUUUCUGUUUCAAGGAUCAUUUUCUUACCAAGUCCGUGAAACAAAAGCUGCUGAAAUUCCAGGCACCUAUUAUAGCUCCAGUUGACAGCAACGGGCAGUGGUCAGCAGUGUCUCCUAGUUAGACUGACUAUGGGAAAGUCCAUGUGGUGCCGAAGAUCGAAGCAACUCCAAGAGAAAAGUGAUUCCCUCCGAAAGAAAGGGGUCGAAAGAGUGGAGUCUACGAAUUUAGCUGAGCAAAAUGCAUUGGUACCCAAAGAAGAAUCACGUAGUGAAAUUGAUGUGGGUUUUCAAGAAAGCCAGCAGAAUCAGAAGAAAAGUAUGAAGAAAAGCAAGAGUUUCUUGAGGAAGAUACUGCCACGCAGAGCAACUGUACAACCUGAUGUGGAGGCCAAGACCCAACUUGGUGCAGAGGCAGAGAUGGAGGAGGUAGCCGGAGGGAGCCACCUGCCGGCUGGGAGAGCCGCCAAGCGCUUCUGGAGGAUGCCUGUUCGCCAGGGACAACAAAAGGAGGUACUUUCUUCAUCCAAAAAGAGGCUACACUUUCCAGUGCUGAAAAAAAAGAAACAUGGCCUGGAAGAAUCCCUUCAAAAAUCAGCUUUACCAUUAAAAAACCUUCAAAUGCAGGUGGAUGACUGCAAACAAAUAAUGAUUGAUCAAGUCAGGAAGCAAGUGGACCAACGAAAUGCUGAACUUGAACACUAUGAGUCUGUUUCAGAUCAGCUUCUGCAGUGCUCCCGUCAGUUUCAGAGAGUGUCAAAGCGAGCCGCCUGGAAAUCCAAGCUGAAAAACAUGUUCUUCUGCCUGAGCCCCUGCUGCUGCUUCUGCGAUUCUGUGUUUGACUGGCUGUAG